UAAUCCGGCCGGGUUGGGCGCACUUUGAUUUGAUUGAAAAAAAUGUAAUUUUGUCAAUUUGUAGCGACAAAAAAGUGCAAAAAAAGCGAUUAAAAUGGAAGGGCAGGAAAUGAAGCUUCCGACGUUCGGUGAUGACUCAUGGGCCGAGCAUGGAGGGUACAUGAAUGCCAAAAUUAACAAAUUGGAGCAGCAAUUCCUGGAUAAUGCCAAAAAUUCCGGCAUCCAGAAGUCAAAUCUCUUCUCCGGCAUCUCCAUCUACGUCAAUGGGCACACAAAUCCCACAGCUGAGGCUUUGAAGAUCAUCAUGAUGGAGCACGGUGGGAUCUAUCACACGUAUGAGCGCCCCCACACCACCUUCAUCAUUGCCAGCAAUCUUCCGGAUGUGAAGGUGCGGAAGAUGAUGCCCAGCAAGACGAUCAUUAAACCCGAAUGGAUUGUGGAUUGUCUCAAAGAGAAUCGGAUCCUGGAUCACAAGAAAUAUCUCUACAAUUUUAACCAUAAAGUAUCGCAACCAAAGCUGGCAUUUGGCGGGAAGAAUGAGGAUGAUACCAAGAAGGCCAGGACAGCUGUUAAUCCAAACUUCCUAUCGGAAUUCUACAGCAAUUCUCGCUUGCAUCACAUCUCAACCCUUGGGCUAGCCCUUAAAGAUUAUGUGAAUGACCUCAGGGAGAAGCAUCAGGGAGAUUUCCCAGGAAGGAUGGAGAUCAUGCUGCCAAGGCGAAAAAUCUCUGGGAAUACUUCAGGAAGAUGUGGGAAGGCUAUAAUGCACAUAGACAUGGAUUGUUUCUUUGUUUCUGUGGGUCUGCGAUCUAGGCCACACCUCCGAGGACUUCCUGUGGCUGUUACGCAUUCAAAAGGCGGUCGAAGGCCGAAUUCUUCUGAUCAGAACUGUAAAGAUCCCAGCUCAAUUGAUGAGGAAGUCGCAGAGGAAGAGACGAGGAAUAUUAUGGGAGGUUCUGUGGCUGAAAAUAAAUCCAUCUCACUCGCAGAGAUUGCUUCCUGUAGCUACGAAGCCCGCAAGAAGGGUAUCAAGAAUGGCAUGUUCAUGGGAGCAGCCCUGAAGCUCUGCCCAGAUCUCAAAACCAUCCCAUACGACUUCGUCCAGUACAGGGAAGUUUCCUACAUUCUCUAUGACUCCAUCGCCAGAUAUACGUUGGAUAUUGAAGCUGUGAGCUGUGAUGAAAUGUUUGUGGAUCUCACGGAUCUCCUGGACAGUACGGGAAUCUCCUGUGAGGACUUUGUCACGCAUAUUAGGGAUGAGAUUAAAAGGAAAACUAAUUGCCCAUGCUCAGUGGGAAUUGGUGAAAAUCGCCUCCUGGCCCGGCUAGCCACCAGGAAAGCUAAACCCGAUGGGCAGUACUUCUUCCCGCAGGAGGAUGUCACCCAAAAUAUUGCAGAAGUCUCCUUGAGAGAUCUUCCGGGUGUGGGACGAUCAACUUGUGAGAAAUUCCGUGAGAAUGGCUGGAUAACAUGUGGGGAUCUCCAGUGUGUUCCCCUCAGUCGCCUCCAGAGAGACUUUGGGAGUAAAUCCGGAGAGAAUUUGUUCAAUCUCUGUCGUGGUCAGGACACUAGACCGUUGAAUUUCUCGCGUCAGAGGAAAUCCGUCUCAACGGAAGUAAAUUAUGGGAUUCGCUUCACAAAGAAAGCCGAACUGGAGACCUUCCUGAGGCAGUUGAGUGAGGAAACAAGUCGUCGACUGCGAGAAGUUGCCAUGAAAGGGAAGAGUGUGACGCUGAAGCUGAUGAUUCGUGCUCAGGAUGCUCCAGUUGAGACCCCCAAAUUCAUGGGGCACGGACUUUGUGAUCAUGUUGCCAAAUCCACGCAACUUCCUGCAUUCUCCGACGAUCCCGAUGUGAUUUUCAAGGCUGCGUGGAAAAUUUCCGAAGAGCUGGCAAUUGCUCCGGAAGAAUUGCGUGGGAUUGGGAUUCAGGUGACAAAAUUAAAUAAAGCAGAAGCAGCUAAAUCCCCACAAUCUUCCUCCCUGGUCAAUCUCUUUAAGCAGAUGCAGGAAAAAGCAAAGAAUGAACCGUCUAAAACUCUUCCUGCGGAGGAGAAGAAAGAAAAAGUCACUGAAAAUCUUCCUGAACGUCCAGAACUCGAUCCUGAAGUAUUAAAAGCUUUACCGGAUGAGCUGCGAGAGGAGAUCCUGCGGGACUAUACAGAAUGGAGGAAGGCUCAAGGAGCUAGUCACGUGGCAAAUUCCCAAAUGAAGGUAUCUUCGCCACUUAAGAAGAGGAAACUUGAGAUGAAUCCUGAACCAGCCCAGACAACUCAAUCGCCAGUAAAGAUGGAAAAGCCAAAAUCAAAGCCAAAUCCCAUCAGCAGUAGCAAUAUCUUGGGCAAGGAGAACUGGAUGCGAAUUCUGACCAAAUGGGUCAAUUCAGGAGACGCCCCAAAGGCCUGUGAUGUUCAGCAUCUCUCCAGGAAUGCCUGUGAAUUCAUCCGAGCAAAGGAUAUUUGCAAUCUCUACUCACAACUAGAGUAUUUAUUCCUGAUUAUCGAUCAGAAGGACAAUUGUGCCUGGCAUGAGAGCUACAGAAGCAUCGCAUCAGAGAUUCAGCAUGAAAUGCUCCUGAUUUAUGAGAUUAAAUUGAAAAUUAAGGAGAAUGUAAGCUGCAAAGAAUGCAGUAAAAAACAAGAACAACGUUUUGAGCCAAAGAAGCCAAUAAAAUACACGAAAUCCUUAUAAUUGUGUU